AUGGCGCAGGAUCCUCAUUCUCUUUUGCAAAAGGCCGACAAGGCAUUGUCAGGCGCCGGCAGCGGCUUCUCCUUCUUUGGUGGGCGUGAGGAAAAGUACCAGGGUGCGGUAGACCUGUACAUCCAGGCUGCCAACGCCUUCAAAAUGCAGCAACUCCAUACCGAUGCCGGAAAAGCAUUCGAGAAGGCGGCCGAUAUCCAAACCAGAAACCUCAACGAGCCCGACGAUGCUGCCAACAGCCUUAUCGACGCCUUCAAGGCUUACAGAAGCGGUGGCGAUUUCGCAGCUGCGGCGCGCGGAGCUAACAUUGCUAUUGAAAGAUACUGCACCAGGGGCAACUUCCGCAGAGCGGCUUCGCAAAAGGAGCAGCUUGGAGAGAUGUUCGAGCAAAAUGGUGACGCUAAGAGUGCGCUAGACGCUUUCCAAGACGCUGCCACUUGGUAUGAGGGCGACGGAGCCAAUGCUUUAGCAAACAAGCUCUGGCUCAAGGUUGCCGACGUUGCUGCGCUGGAGGGCGACUACUACAAGGCCAUUGAGAACUACGAGAAGGUGGCGGCACAAUCUAUCAACAACAACUUGAUGAGAUACAGCGUCAAGGACUACUUCCUCAAGGCAGGAAUCUGCCACCUUGCCACAGGCGAUUCCGUUGCUACAAGCCGCGCGCUCGAAAAGUACAGAGAUAUGGAUCCUCAGUUUGCCACCCAGCGAGAGCACAUGUUGCUGGUGGAUCUUAGCGAGGCGAUUGACGCCAAGAGCCAAGAGCAGUUCACAGACAAGCUAUUCCAGUUUGACCAGAUCAACAAGCUCGAUAAGUGGAAGACAACACUGCUCGUCCGUAUCAAGGACACGAUCGAGGAAGCCGACGAUGAAUUCGCAUAG